GUAAUUAUUUAUAUUCAUUUUGUGAGUUGUGAGACAUAUAAAGCCAUUAACAUUUUUACAUCAGAUUUUGUUCAUACUGAUACUCUGCUUUUCAUCUCUUCCCAGCCCCCGGCGUGGUUUUGGUGAAUUACAUGAUGAAUGCUGCAACAUCGUUGUUUAGAAGGUUAAAUAUCAGAGAGCUGGUAACAAGCACACCUGCUUACAAUACCGCUAGUGAUGUUUCUGGAGAUGGAUUGAGCUUGAUGUUUAGGCGGUGGGCUACCAAAAAAACAGCAGGGUCUACAAAAAAUGGCCGUGAUUCAAAACCAAAGAAUCUAGGAGUCAAGAAAUUUGGGGGGGAGAGAGUGAUUCCAGGAAAUAUCAUUGUUCGUCAAAGGGGAACCCGGUUUCAUCCUGGGAACUAUGUUGGAAUUGGGAGAGAUCACACACUUUAUGCUUUGAAAGAAGGCUGUGUUAAAUUUGAGCGCCACAAGCUGAGUGGGCGCAAAUGGGUGCAUGUUGAGCCCAAGGAUGGUCAUGUGCUUCACCCAGUCUACUCAAGCACUACAGCUUCCGAGUCAAAGACAGCCACUUAAGUUUUUCUGAUUGUCAACUGUUGAGUGAUUCAUGGAGCACAGAUCUAAUAAGUGUUAAGCCACUAUAAGGCUGUCUCAUUUUUGUAUCUUUUAGCUCACUUGAUUUAAAGAAAAUAUUUCAAAGAUUAGUCAAUGAAUGGAUGUUCUGCCUCUUUUUUUGAUAAAA